AUGCGCGCUUCGUGGUUCCUCGCUUCUACACUCGCGGCCUUCGCCGCUGCCGACGCCAGCACAACUACCGUCAGCUACCUCGGCGUCUCAGCCGCUGGCGAUAUCGAUAUGUCCAAGUACACCAGUGUAGCAGCCGAAGUCAUUGCAGUCGAUGCAACUGCCACCACAUACGAUAUCCGUUGCCAGAGCGGCGUAGCCAAGACCCUCUGCGCAAUCGACAGCAAGACCCCCUGGAGAAUCAUCCAGGGCCCCGAGACCUACAGCUUCUCUGCCAACGAAAAGCUCCAGACCGAUGGCGGUUCCGCCGAUGUUUAUGCUACCGUUGCGUGCACGUUCACCCAUGUCUCGGAGUCUGUCUCUUGCGCUCAGAGUAUCUCUAUGGAUAUCUCCGUUGAUGGAUACUCCACUGCCACCAGCACACACAUUCCUAGCAUGACUAUCGAUGCUGAUCUGGUUAGCUACCAUGCGCUUACCGUUACUGCUGGUGUUUCGGGUUUGAAGGCCUACGCUACUGCUACUUCGCCUGUUACUGUUGCUACUGGAGCUGCGCAGCCUAUGAUCACUGCUGCACCUAUGGCUUUCGCUGCUGUUGCCGCUGCCGCUGCCGCCAUGCUCUAA